AGCGUCAACGCAGCGGAACAAAUCAUCUACCGUCGGAGUGGCUAGACUUCAUAUAGAUAUAUACUCGAGGCCAUAAUGAACCGUCUUGCGUCUAUCUCGUUAUUUACAACUCAGUCCAACAUGCGCAGAUUUUGUGCGAAGUCUAGAACAAAGCGGAUGGAUUUCGCGUCGCCUCAUUUCAAGACUUCCGUGGCGUGUAGCAUUUAUGUGUGCGACUUGACAGGGCGUGUAGUAGUAGCCUAGUAUAGUAGCCUAGUUCUAGUUCUAACUCGUAGACAGUAGAAAGAGUGAAUGCACUGAAGAUAGCCCAAGAACUCCGACGGGCAUUUGAGGGUUACAGACUGGUCGUCAGAUUGAGGGGUCCUUGAGGGGGUUUAACCUUAGACUGAACUGACACCUGAGCAGGCCGUAAGGUUCCGGAAUGCAGGGUGUCACAGAGGAGGAGGCGCAGAGGUUCCUGCGGCGGCUCCUGGAGGAGCUCCCUUCUUCGCUGGGUCCUGAAGACCCCCUGCCUCUUACGCCCCUCAGCCGCGUGGUCAGUCUGGAUGAACUGAGAGGGGAGAGUCUGGAUCUGGGAUUGCGUGUGCUCAAAGCCAGGGACUCCCCCUCACCCCUAAGUGCUGCUAUGUGUCACGCAGCUCUCACGGAGCUGCUGAAGUCCGACCUUUCACCUUUCCAGCUCCCCCAGCAGGCUGAGCAGCAGGGAGAAGAACAGGAAAUUGUUUUGCUCCAAUCAGAACCCGUCCAACGCCUGUUCCUCAGUAAGCUUCGGGAGGUGGGUGUGGCUUGGAACCGGCAUCUCCCCGCGCCACUCUCAGUAGGCCACUCCCGUUUCCUCCUGUGCUCCGCCCAUGCCAUCCGCAACACCCGGAGGAAGAUGGAAGAUCGUCACGUGUCCCUCCUAGACUUCAACGCACUCGCAGGCCUCAAGGAUGGUGUGGAGCGUAGUUACUACGCUGUGUUCGACGGGCACGGAGGCGUGGACGCUGCCAUCUACGCUGCUGCCCACCUGCACAUCAACCUUGGUCAGCAGGAGGCGCUGGCGAGUGACCCUGCCUUUGCCUUUAAGAAAGCCUUCUCCCAGACCGAUGACAUGUUCAGGGGGAAGGCCCGAAGAGAGCGUCUACGCAGUGGCAGUACAGGUGUGGCAGUGCUCCUUCAGGGGGAGUGGCUUCACGUGGCGUGGCUCGGAGACUCCCAAAGCAUGCUGGUCCGACGUGGACAAGAAGUCUCUCUGAUGGACCCACACAAGCCUGAGAGGGAGGAUGAGAAGCAGCGUAUUGAGGACCUAGGCGGAUGCAUUGUAUUCAUGGGCUGUUGGCGUGUUAAUGGGACCUACGCUGUCUCCAGGGCUAUAGGGGACUUUGACCAGAAACCCUAUGUCUCUGGGGAGGCUGACUGCUCCUCCGCUCGACUGGACGGAGAUGAGGACUAUCUUCUCUUGGCCUGCGACGGCUUCUUUGACACCGUUCGGCCCGACCAGGUGCCCGCCCUCGUCCUCAGAGCGCUACGAGAGUACGGGGAGCCCCGGGGGGCUGCAGAGGGGGCCGGCUGUGAGGAGGGGUCCCCAGUGGGCACCCUGGGCGAGAAUGUGGCUCAGAAGCUGGUUGCUCAUGCCAAGGAGGCGGGGUCCUGUGACAACAUCACAGUGAUGGUGGUGUUUCUACGUCCUCCGGAGAAGCUGCUGAUCCAGGACCAGGGGGAUGCCGCGGAGGGGCCAGCUCAGGAGUAGUGGAACACCAGGUGCUGAUCUUGGCUCAGUCUUGGUGUUUUCCCCGCCAACGGGAAAGGAAGUUGAUCCUAGAUCUGAUGCUCUGGGGGAACUUCAGCAUGGAGCACCAAACUGAGCCUCCAAAUCCCAGAACACACCAGGCAGUUAGAGAACGUCUCCUACUGCUGCCCCAGAGUUCACCUGGGCAGGGAUGCAGGAAGUGGACUGGAUUGGUAAGGGGUGGGGUUUAUUAUGUUAUGUUGUGGGUGUUGCCAAACUGCUGACUCAGUGUGUUGUGGAUUUUCCCAAUUUCUUUGUAGUUGGUGGUAAUUCCAGAAUAGACAUGAAACUGACUGGAGAAGCUCUGUGCACGAGAAAACAUCUUAAUAGUGACUAAGUCAUUUAUUGAUCAUUCAUCUGUACAUAAGGGAUAUGAACUGUGUUGGUGGCUCUAACCUCUGUCUUUCUUGCUGCCUCAGUUCUUUGGUAUCGCUGUUACCUGUUAAACACUGACGAGGCAUGUUGCCGUCCAUGCUGUUACUCUCUUUCAGAAGAUUAUAGGAGCAUCUUUGUUAAAACUAAUGAGGGAAUUUAUGUGUUUUUUCCUAGUGUGUGAUAUGUGCCAUUUUGUGUGUCUGAGUGUGUGUGUGUGUCAAAGACUCUACCGAUAGUAUCCAGCAGCCUUCCAAAAAAACCGCGAGCAGUGUUAAAAAGUAACUUCACCACCAUCAGUAUUUCUGACCAAGCAGCCUUCUGUCCCUGGAUACAAUUUCAAAUGUCUUUAAGCUCUUCAAGGCGCCGAAGUGCAAACUUUUUUUUAUUGAGAUUGGUUAAAGGGUGUAAUCCAAAAUGGGCAGCACCUCUGUUUUGGAUUCCACAACAGCCUACAGUAAAGGUUUGAGAAAGACCGUUUGAAGGACGCAAAAAAAAGUGCCUUCAGCUCCACAUUUCCCUGAGGACUAAUGAGUCCAGAUAUCUGAAUUGACUAAUGAAUGAACUAAUUAGUGUUGUUUGUGUGGUUUGUUUUGAAGGUGACUAACGAGUAGAUGUGGCAGCUUUAUGGUUUGCUGCAUUUCAAUUCAAGUGCCUUUGCCUCUGAACUGUACAGAACUACUCACUCACUGACAAUAAGACUACACUGAGUCAAUACGACUACACUGAGUCAAUACGACUACACUGAGUCAAUAAGACUACACUGAGUCAAUAAGACUACACUGAGUCAAUAAGACUACACUGAGUCAAUAAGACUACACUGAUCUCAGAAGUUAGUUUGUUUGCCAAGUCACAAAACCUGUCUACUUCUACAAUUUGUCGUCUCAAAAUGUGUUUUUAAAUCUUUAAACCCCAAGGUGUAUCUAACCCAUCUACAGAUAAAGUUCCAUCCUUCUGUGGCCUUAAAGUCAGCAUUACCACUUCCUGUUUUGAAAUAAGCUUUAACAUUUUGUCAUUUUGGAACAGUUCCACUUAUCUAUAAAUGGAAAAAAAAAUUGAUGUUUUCAUUUAAACGUUUUUAAAACACAACCCUUUUUUUAAUUAGUUACCACUCUGCGAGUCACUUUGCCAAUUUUGUUUUGGUUCUUAUGUUGCUAUUGAACCUUGUAUUAAAUGUUUUUCUAAAGUCA